AUGUGCCAGCCGAUCCAUGAUUUCAGCGGCGUUGGCGUCCCUGGAAAGGGAAAGAGGGAUCAGCCGUCCCCUGUAUUCAUCUUGAUGCUUGCAUCGGGACCUGUCAGUUCUGUCGACGACGUUGAGGGUCCAGCUCCCCUGCUCGGCCCUGCUCCUCCUUUUCCCACCACCGCUGGCCGCGGGACCACCACCACAUGGAACCUCGUGCGUGUUAGCGGGUUCACAGCGGCCGCCUGCAAGGCCUCGAUAGGUCGGGCCUGGGCCGUAGCUAGAUGA